AUGGGUGCAAAUGCACAAGGGGGUGGCCAGGGACUAGGGCAAGCCCCAUUCGGUCGUCACUAUGGUCCUUCAGGUGACGCUGCAUCGGUCGGUGCCAAUCAGUCCGCCAUUGUGCCUGCCUCGCGUGGUGCACAUCAACCCUCCCAACAGUACUCCAUGAAUCUCUACGGCAUGCAGAAUGGACCACAACAGAGUGCAUCCUACGCCUUCGGUCUCGCCCAACCUCCCGCGACUCUUGACCAGCAGCUGGCCGAGCAGUCGCCUCGAGUUGUCCGUGUUCACGCUUUAUACACUUACGUUGCGCAAAACGCUGAUGAUCUGAGCUUCCAGAAGGGGGAUGUCAUGCUGGUCGAGUCGGGCUUAUCCGAAGCCUGGUGGUUGGCGCGUCACUUGAGGACCGGGCAACAGGGCUACAUACCCAGUAACUAUGUGACUGUGGAAAAUGGUCUCUCUACACAAAUGGAAGCCUGGUAUGACAUUACACGUAAAGAUGCCGAGAGAAUGCUUUUGAUGCCCGGAUUGCCUCAAGGGACUUACAUUUUACGCCCCUGUUCCGAUUCCCGAAGUUAUGCUCUCUCCAUCCGGUUCGAAAUUGAGAGGAAUAUGUAUGCAAUAAAGCACUACAAGAUCCGAACUCGCGAUAACGGUGCCGGCUUCUACAUCACCAAUCGAACCAACUUUGCUUCUGUCGCCGAUCUCAUCUCUCACUAUCAGUCCACUAGCGAUGGGCUGUGCUGUCGCCUAUCGCAGCCGUGUCCGCGGAAGUAUACCCCGCCGGUGCAGUUUCGUGACAUCGAGGCAAAUCGGCGGAGCCUAGAAUUCAUCUGCGAGCUAGGCAACGGCAGCUUCGGCAUGGUUUACCGGGCUCGGUGGAACAAGACCUUCGACGUGGCGGUGAAGAAGCGCCUCGCUACCACGGACCGCGCGCUUUUCAUUGAGGAGGCAAAAGUGAUGCACAAAUUGCAUCACCGCCGUAUCGUUCGCCUCCUCGGUGUCUGCACCGAGCCGGCUGAUGAGCCUGUUUUCAUCAUCACAGAGUUGCUAGAGAAGGGUGCUCUGCGCAACUUCCUCAGCAGCGAGGAGGGCCGCCAACUCUUCCUCAGUGACCUUAUCGAUAUGAUUGCUCAGAUUGCCGAAGGGAUGGCGUACCUAGAGGAGAUGAAUUUCGUCCACCGAGACCUUCGAGCCGCCAACAUCCUUGUGGAUCGUGACAACUCCGUCAAGGUAGCCGAUUUCGGACUUGCAAAAAUGCUUGAUUCGGAUAUUCAAAAUGAUGGCGUCAUUAAAUUCCCCAUCAAGUGGACCGCGCCAGAGGCGGCUCUUCCCGACCACCAUUUCAGUAUAAAGUCGGACGUCUGGUCCUUCGGUGUGCUCAUGUACGAAAUCGUCACUUACGGUGGCACUCCCUACCCCCGCUUCACUAAUCGGGAGACGGUGCAGCAGGUAGAGCGCGGCUAUCGAAUGCCAAAUCCGAAUACACCGACACAGCCGUGUCCGGACGACCUCUACGACAUCAUGAUGCAGUGUUGGUCAGCACGACCCGAGGAUCGACCUACCUUCCGCAACCUCUACGACAUCUUUGAGAACUGGGCCGUCCAGACGGAGGGUCAGUACAUCUCGGAUGGAGCGCAAAACACUUGA